AUGCCGGAUCGCGAAGCAAAUGGAUCGGGGCAAAUGGUCGAAUUGGUGAGCGUUCUUUUUCUGACCGGGACGAGGCAUGCUUCGGGACCGGCGGCCACGAAGCACAAAGUGGGUAAUAAUCCGGACAAGGACCACCCAAUCCAAGACAAAGUUAAAGGAUCGACGUACGGCGUUCUUGCGGGUUUCUACUUUAUCCGUAAAGCGAACAGAGAGCGGAAGUUCUUGUCGCCGUGGGCGCUCGAGGGCAGAAGACGGGCCGGCGAAGCCAAGCAGGUCCUCUGGCUCGGCUGCUGGCGCGGGGGAGGAGGAGGUGGUGGCCAAGAAGACGGGCAGGCAGUGAAGGAAUGGGCAGGGCAGGGAAGGGAAUGGAAGGGCAGGAGUGGGGGCGGGGCGGGGAGCGCGAGUCAGAGCUCCGGUGGGGGAGGGGGGCAGUGA